AUGAACAAUGUACAGGAGAACACAGACACUCCAUGGCUACUCUCCGAUGACAUCACUAUAAGGGAUUUAGAAGGGAUAUGCACACUUGAAUCACUACAAGACAGUGAGAAACAGCCCAACGCCUCUACAAGAGUUAUACAUUCGGACUUUAAGCCACGCUCUACGUUCAUUCCCAGUCACGAACAGGGAGAAUUUAUUAGAGUGUACACGGAUCUGGUACUUAAAGAUAUGCCCGAAAAAAAGAGGAUAAAAGACAAUUUGACGCACGAUGAAAAAAGAGCCCUCCUAGACCUCCAAAAUAAUAUCACCAUUCAAAUCAGAGAAGCUGAUAAAAGGCGAGCAAUUGUGAUACAAGAUAAAGAAGAAUACAACAAAUAA